UUGUAAAUAUGAUGUUUGAGCCUGUACUUCUAUUUCGUUGCAGUUGGCAGUUGUUUAUAAUACCGAUUGCUCAUUGAAUCUGUCCUUGACGUUUUGGAGAAUUCAACAACUUAUCGGCUUGGUUGAUAGUGAUGAGUCCCAGGUGCUAACGUUAGCAUAGUGAAGUUAGCUGUUUCCAGACGAGCAGAUGAACAGAGGCAAACCAGAUGAGGACGAGUACUGGAACAGUUCGAAAUUCAAAGCAUUUACAUUUGAUGACGAGGAUGACGAUUUUAACAAGUUAAAGGAAUCCAAAAAGGCUGUGAACAGCAUUCGUGGCCUGGUAGAUGAGGAGGACGACGACGAUGAUGAUGUAGAGAAAGUCAGCUGGAGUGGAGAACCUAUUGGAAGCAUAUCAUGGUCCGUCAAAGAGACAGCGUCAAGCAUCCGUUCAACGGGGGAGGCACGGGAUCAGGGAUUCCCGAAGAUCGACACAGCCCCUUCGCUGCCAAAACAGGGAUCUAGCUACUCCUUGAGCUCGUUAUUCAAAGUAAAGAGCAGAACUGGGGGAUUCCCAUCAUUCUCAGAAUCUAUCUCUGAGACCUCUACAAGGGUCUAUGCCCCAGAGUUACGGAAGCCCAAGGCAGAGUAUAAGGACUAUGUCAGUGACUGGAACCCUGAGGAAACGGUGCGGAGGAUGCAGCGAGGGAAGGUGUACUCGCUGGAGAGAUUCCGCUCCCUCCAGGAUAAAAUGCUGCUGCUGGAUCAGGCAGUGAGCGCCCAUGAUGGCAACGUCAUAACAGCUGUCUUAAUAUACUUGAAAAGAUCAUUAAGUAAAGAGAUUCUCUUCCAUGAGUUAGCAGAGAGGGAGGUAGCAUUGAGGCACUAUGUGCACUACCUGAAAGAGAUGGGCGAGCAGAGACUGCUGGUGGAGCUGCUCAAGUCCCUUGGCAGGACAGAGGACAUGGCUCUUAUGCAAUACAAGGAGCACCUCAACAUCAAAGAUGAGAACCGAAGGAAAGACUUCCUGAAAAACUGCCUUAGCCUUCCUUUCUCUCCCGAUGACUCCACUCAUGUACAAGACCACUACACUCUCCUGGAGAGGCAGAUCAUUAUAGAGGCAAAUGACAAAAGGGCAGAUGCCGAGAUAUUUAAGAAGUACCCCAGAAAAGCCUCCAUUUUGAACAUGCCCAUCAUCACCACAUUGUACUAUUCCUGUUUUUACCACUACGGAGAAUCUGACGGAACAUACAGCAGUCCAGCCAACAUUAGGAAGACUUUUAGGAUCUCUGAGAAGCAGUAUAUCCUCACAGCACUUGGUGCCAGGGCGAAACUAAAGUUGUGGUUCGACGUUGACAGUUUGUUUAACUCUAAAAAUUGGCUAGGCUACAGCAAGAAAAGGUCUCCUAUUGGAUUUCACAGAGUGGUGGACAUCUUACACAAGAACAAUGCACCAGUACAGGUCCUUCAAGAAUACCUGUGUCUGGUUGAUGACACCGAACUGAAGAUCGGCCUCGCUCAGAAGUACAAGUGUCACGGCGUCAUCAUCAACACAUAUAAGGACCUGAAGGACCGCCAGCAGCUGAUUGCCUACCGAGGGAAGGUGGAGAGAGGGUCUCCGGAAGACCGCCAGAUCGAGGAGCUCCUCAACAACCUGCAAAUUCGAUGGAAAAACUGAGGCCUCGGGGGGAAACCUGUGGUUAAUUUGAAAAAAGACUGCGUCUAGAUUUUCAGUGGAGACGUGCGAGGUCAGCCUUCAUGCCCAUGCUGUGAAGAAGCCAAAUGUUUUAUUUUUAUUUAUUUUUAUUUUGUAAAUGUCCUGUUUUGUUUCUGUUUGUUUGUUUGGCUGCUUCUGUCAUUCGUAAUCAGUGUGGCUUCUUGCCAAUCUGCAGUGUGAGCAGGAAGUGCUUAAUGUUGUCAUUCCUCUCAAUCAGACCCCUAUUUUGUCCACCUAGUCUUGUCCAUAUUGUCUCCCUGAUCUGUCUGCUUUUUUACUGUAUGUAAUAAAAAGAAAUAAGUCAA